CCUUCGGAAAUGACGUUCUAAAGCAUGCGUGAAAGCGACAGGAUUGAACUUUGACCCAUCAGCUGGAGGAGGCGUGCGAUCCUGCACGAAUCGACUGUUUUUACCUAAGCUGAGUUUUACCGUUUUUGACGAUGAUCGCAGACGUUUUGUUAGGUGUGGUGGCGUUCUUACACCUCCUAGCCUGCCCCUAUACCAAAGUGGAAGAGAGCUUCAACGUGCAGGCCACGCACGACAUCCUUUUUCAUCGGCAAAACCUGGAAAAGUACGACCACCAUGAGUUUCCUGGAGUGGUUCCGCGGUCCUUCAUCGGUCCACUGUUCAUCUCCGGACUGGCAGCACCGUUCGUGGCCCUGUCACAGAUGGUAUGGGAGAACAAAUUCAUCGCUCAGUACAUCGUGCGCGGAUGCCUGGGCCUGUGUGUGCUGUACGGUUUCUCCACCUUCCGUCGAGCGGUCAGUAAGAAGUUUGGCUCAGACGUGGGGAUGUUUCUGGUCCUGCUGACGGCCACACAGUUCCACUUCCUGUUCUACAUCACCAGACCUCUGCCUAAUGUGUUCGCCCUGGCUGUGGUUCUUCUCGCUCUGAGUUCCUGGCUGACAGGGAAGCACGGGUCAUUUAUCUGGCAGUCGGGCUUCGCGAUUAUUGUGUUCCGGUCUGAACUUUGCCUGUUCCUGGGUCUGAUCCUACUGAUGGAGCUGGGCACCAGGAGACUGGGCGUGUUAGAACUCCUGAGACAUGUCAUACCUGCUGGGGUCCUGUGGCUGGCUGUGACCGUGUCCAUAGACUCUGUGUUCUGGCAGAAACUGCUGUGGCCGGAGGGAGCAGUGUUGCACUAUAACACCAUCCUCAACAAGAGCUCUAACUGGGGUACUGAACCAUUUCUGUGGUACUUGUACUCUGCUAUCCCCCGUGCCCUGGCGGCCAGCACACUGCUGGUGCCGGCAGGGAUGUGGCUGGACUCCAGGGUAGCCAAGACUGUCACCCCGGCUUUGGGCUUUGUUCUGCUGUACUCCAUCCUGCCACACAAGGAGCUCAGGUUCAUCAUCUAUGUCUUCCCUGUGCUGAAUCUGGCAGCUGCAAGGUUCUGUGCAACAGUGUACCACAACUGGCGCAAGUCUAAGCGAUGGGUUAUGGCUACCUUGAUUGUUAUUGGUCACCUGCUGGCGAACUGUGCAGCGACAGCUGUCUUCACAUACGUGUCACACCACAACUACCCUGGAGGGUACGCACUACACAUGUUACAUCGGACCGUACCAAGUCACACAGAUGUCCAUGUCCACAUUGAUGUAGCCUCUGCCCAGACCGGAGUGUCCAGGUUUGGUCAACUCAACUCAAACUGGAGGUACGACAAAACAGAAGACCUCACGCCGGGAGGCCCAGAACUGAUGGCUUACACACACCUGCUACUGGAGGCAACUGACCAAUCACAGCUCUAUGCUGGGUCACAUGACACCCUCGCCAGUAUUGAGGCUUUCCAUGGAAUUCAGAAGCAGUUUCACAGUUUCCCUCCGAUCAGCGUCAAGACGGAGCCCCGGGUUUUAGUUCUUGCAAAGAAAAAGGGGAAAAGUCGUGGGGCUGCAUAAUUCUGACAAUGCUUUUAUAUAGUCUCAAAUGUCCAAUAUAACUAAUGCCAUAUCAUUCCAAAUUUUGUUGCAAGCAAGAGAGUAAUACAUCCACUGAAUAAGCAUGAAUAUAGUGCUGCCAAAGGCAGAAAGACAGGAUUUCUACCAGUCCCAAAUGACAAGGAGGGAUUGGGAAAUGCGCGUACAGUACACUCGGGGGAACCCAGCAAAAUAAGCCUCAUAAAAGAUUCAGUGGCCGUCAGUAAUCACCCAUCUUGGCGGUGUACUUUGUGGCCGUGGCUGCAUUUUUUCCCUCUGCGAUUGCGAGACAACUGGGUCAGAAUGUACUCUCCAAGCAGAGGUUUAGUCUUGGGCUUAUUUUUGUAUUAUGUGUUUUUUUGGGGGGAGGGCUUUCU